GCCCGGGCCCGCCCCCGCCCGCCCCGGCCCCGCAGAUAGGCCGAGGCCCCGCCGCCCGCCGGCCACUGUCGCCCUGCCCCGCCAUGCCCGCCGACCUCAGCGGCACCUGGAACCUGCUCAGCAGCGACAACUUCGACGGCUACAUGCUGGCCUUAGGUAUUGACUUUGCCACUCGUAAGAUCGCCAAGUUGCUGAAGCCACAGAAAGUGAUUGAGCAAAAUGGGAAUUCUUUUACCAUCCACACAUACAGCAGCCUGAGGAACUACCUUGUUACGUUUACAGUUGGAGAAGAAUUCGAGGAAGAGAAUAAAGGCCUGGAUAACAGAAAAUGCAAGAGCCUGGUCACCUGGGACAGUGACAGACUCACCUGCGUCCAGAAGGGGGAAAAGAAGAACAGAGGCUGGACCCAUUGGAUCGAAGGGGACAAACUCCACCUGGAAAUGUUCUGUGAAGGCCAAGUGUGCAAACAGACUUUCCAGAGAGCCUGAGCUGUCUCCGUCCCCAGAGCCCACGUGUGACAGCAGCCUUAAUGGUGACUCCUCUUCCCAAAUGAACAGAUGUUACUCUGUCCGGGUUUGGCGACGGGAACUUGCGGUCAGGGAGACGCCUCACCACCUGUCCCCGAAGCCAUUUACUCAGAUUGUAGGAAAACUGCUCAGUGUCAAUAAACCUGUCCAACGACUCUGACUUUUUCCUUCUA